CAGGCCAGUUUAUUAUUGCUGUCAAAUGUCAACUGUCAAAUUAUAAUAUUCGCACCACGAGUGCCGUGUCGUCUGCUUUUAUUAAGAAAAACAGCAUAAUUUAAUGCUAUGUUCACUCCUGAAUAUUAAUUUAGAGUACGGAAAAUGAGUACGAGUUAUUUUAGUACUUCUCCUAAGACAAGAAAAAGGCGAGCCUAUAAAAACAACCAAAAUGAAGAAACUCCGACAAUCGAACUAAAUACCACAGAUUUGGAUAAAAAUGUGAAAAAACGGAAAAAGCAAUUUCCUCAUUUUCGUUUGAAGACAAAUGGAGAACAAGCAUCUUUAUCUAAUGAACCAGAUACAAGAAUUCCACUGACACUUACAGACAUUCAAUAUUUGUUACUGCAUUCACUACUUGGAAAUCUAAACCUGACUGAAUCACCACGGUGGUAUGUAAUAGAUAAAUGUAAUGGAAUUCAACAAACUACUUGUUUGGUUUUAGAAGGCAUCUCUCUUGAUCACUGGGAAAAUUAUUCAGAUGAAUUUGAGAACACAAAAAAUGUAUUUAAGGAAGUUGUCGAAGUUAUUACACCAUCAGUGUAUGAGGGAUCUUUGGUCCAGGAACUUGCUUUAGUUCCAUUGUCAGAAGCAGAAAAGGAAUCCAUCAUACAUAAAUAUGGAAGUAUGAACUUAGCGCUUGAAGCAAGAAAAGAUUUAAUGAUAAUGAUGAAAGCUGUGUUUCCGAUUGGAAAUGAAAUCAGUGAUAAUAGCUACACAAAUGAAGAUAAAUUCCCUCGAACCCAAUUGGUAUUGUCUGCAUGGCAGUUGAUUGAAGAAAACUAUCCAGUUCCAUUAAAGGGAAAACUUAGUGAUGCAUAUUCUGAUUAUGUGCUCACCAAACAUGAGUAUGCCCCUGUUACAGCCAAGUCACCAAUGUUUGGCAUAGAUUGUGAAAUGUGUUUAACCAACGCUGGCUCUGAACUGACAAGGGUUUCAGUUGUCAAUGAAAAGCAUGAAGUUGUCUAUGAAUCAUUAGUUAAACCUUUUAAUGAAAUUACUGAUUACUUAACCAGAUUUUCAGGCAUUACAAAAUCAUUGCUAAAUGAUGUGACUAAAAGGCUACAUGAAGUCCAGACUGAUUUACAAUCUUUGCUGCCUCCUGAUGCUAUUUUGGUAGGACAGUCAUUGAACACAGACUUACAUGCUUUAAAAAUGAUGCAUCCGUAUGUUAUAGAUACAAGCUUGUUGUAUAACUUUGCAGGUGAAAGAACUCGUAAACCAAAGCUUAAAACUCUGGCUAAAGAAUUUUUAAAUGAAUCAAUUCAAAUGGGUACAGAUGGUCACUGCUCCACAGAAGAUUCUUUAGCAGCAUUAAAAUUGGUACAACUUAAAUUAAGCAAAAGUAUGGCAUUUGGAGAUGCAGUUCACACAAAUAGAGAUAAAUUUAAAGAAAAUAUUGCUAAAAUGAUAAAGUCACCACAGUAUGCACUGUCAAUUUUUAACCACAUGCUAGAACAAAAAAAGUCAUCUUUAGUUGUGGGCUGUGAUGACAUAACUGGUGAUUAUCAUACAUAUUUAGCACAAGCUAAGGAAAGUGUUCAGUUAAAAAAAGCAAAUCCAAAAAGAAUAAAACUAAUUACUGUUGAUAGUGUAGAGGAAGUAAUAACUUCAGUGGCAAACUCUGUAACAGAUUACAACUUAUCAAUGGCCCAUUUGAAGAUAGAUGUAAGUACUAAAAACGAAAAAGAGGUGAUGAGUAAUGUUAAUAAGUGGAUAAAAACAGUUUGGGAUAGUCUGCUUCCAUCUUCUUUAUUUGUUGUAUUGUUUGGAGGGACUACUACAAGCAACGGAUUGGCUUUGGUAAAUGUUAAGCAUACUUAAAGUAGGUAAUCUACUUUAUAUUUAUUUUGUUAUUCUGUUUCUGCAUGGAUUUGGAAUCUAUACUGUGUGUGUUCUAGCAUGGUGUGUGGUACAUAUGUUAUAACAAGAUAAUAUUAGGAGUAUUUAAUGUAGUAUUUAUAGUUACUACUGUUUACAUUAAAGAAUAGACAUCUUCUCUAUUAAAAAGAAAUAUUCAUAAAAUAAGAUUUGUCUAAAAUCACCACUACCAGCCUAGAGCGCAAACAAAUAUAGUGUAACAGUUUGUAAAUAUUCAUUUUAAGUUUUAUUAGGUUCUAAGAUUAAUAAAUUGAAAUUUUGAUCAGAAAUA